GACAUAUAUUCCCGGCUUACUGAGAAAAUCGAGGGUGGGCAUGAUGACUAGUAUUGCUGGGCGACAGGCACACUGAUAUGUAUUGCGGGCGCAACGAAUAUUUGGAGCAAAGCUCCUACAAUUUCAUACUUACCUAUUUAAAUAUUCUCGACAGAAAAAGUAUCGCUGGAAAAGACAAACACGCGAAUUAUUGAGCCUAGAAGCCACCUCGGCUUGGAAGGCCAUACACGUCACUACCAAUCCAAAUUUGAGAGGUGGGGGGCAAAUUUCGCAGUAGCACGAUCAAUCGCAGGAUUUUUCCUUCUAAGCUUUCAUGGAUAUCUCAGUGGAUUCGAAACCACGACUUCCUGAAGGUUAUGCAUUUGUUCCUUCGAAUUACGAGCAACAUACAGGGAAUCUUGCGGUGUACGUAUGCGGUUUCAACGACGUUCGCAUACUCCCCUACCAAAUGCAGCCUCUUGGCCCUGAAGAUGUAAGAAUACAAAUGAAGGCUGUGGGUAUUUGUGGGAGUGAUGUGCACUACCUGAAGCAUAUGAGAAACUCCCGCAUUGCAUUGAAAGAGCCUAUGGUGCUUGGCCAUGAAAGUGCUGGUAUUGUGGUAGAAACUGGUAAACUUGUUAAGAAUUUAGUAAUUGGUGAUCGUGUUGCAUUGGAGCCUGGCAUCCCUUGUAACAUGUGCUCAUUUUGCAAGCAAGGAAGCAAUAAUCUAUGUCGAGGAAUUAAAUUUUUUGGAUCACCUCCCACUCAUGGAGCUCUUGCACAACAGGUGGUGCAUCCUGCAUAUUUGUGCCACAAAUUACCAGACAAUGUGUCUCUAGAAGAGGGUGCUAUGUGUGAGCCUCUCAGUGUAGGUGUGCAUGCUUGUCGCCGUGCUAGCAUUCAAGCUGGUACACAUGUGUUGAUAUUGGGAGCUGGUCCAAUUGGUUUGACGAUUAUGCUUGUUGCUCGUGCCUUUGGUGCUGUUAGAGUUGUACUGACAGAUAUUGACGAGAAACGCUUAUCUACAGCAAGAGAAUUGGGAGCUGAUUCUACUGUCCUUGUUUCCUCAGAUGAGAAGGAUUGUGAUGGUGAAUAUCAGGCAAUACGUAGUGCCAUGGGGGGUCUAAUCGAUGCAACGUUUGAAUGUGUUGGAACUACAAGAACAAUGACAACAGCAUUAAAAGUCACAAAAUCUGGAGGGAAAGUUUGUUUAGUUGGGAUGCUACAUGAUAAGAUGACACUUCCUUUGACUGCUGCAGCUGCAAGGUAUCAAGAUGGCGACUCCAAAGCCCGGAGGAUCUACAAGUCGGCAGGUUCUCAUCAAGGACGAUCAAGCAAGGACAAGGGCGACCUCCUCUAGCCUAGCAUCGACAAGGACAGCCUUCUUUGGACUAACGUCAUCAAGGGCGACUUCUCCAAUCCAGUAUUCCAAGGUGAGGUACAUCAAUCAUCCUGCACAUCAAGGACACAAGAAGUUAGAACAAGGGUUCGUUGAAGAAGCAGAUAGUUCCAGAUGAAUUAAUUAAAGCUAGCUUCUCAACAACAUCAAGUUGAAUAUUUACCAAGUUACAAGUGUCAGACGAGGUGGCAUCCUAGUCAUCACUUCUCCAGUCAGUGUGGUCCACCUCAGCAUUUCCAGAUUCAAUGUACCUAACUCAUGGAAGGUGGCACAAACUCCGAUGUACCUACCCCAGCUAUCCAUUGGUGGAAUUUUCUAGAGAGGACAUGUGUCCAAGCAAUACAAUUUUAUCAUUGGUCAAGCAUUAAAUGUUAUGUAAUGGUUGUAACAAACCCUAAUUAGGGUUUUCAUUGUAAAAUCUUGGCCAUUGAUCUCGAAUUGAUCUUAGCCAUCGAAUUGUAUUGAGGGCACUAUAUAAGCCCUGGCAUUUCAUUUGUAAAAGAUAGAUAAGGAAUAUAGUUGGAAGUAGUUAGAAGAUAGAUAGAGAGUAGUUAGAAGGUGAUUAGCUAGUUGAUAGAAUAGCAAUUAAAGUAGAGUAGAGAGAGAAGGCAAAGAUUGUUGCCAAGAUGUUGUUGUAAAAGACUUGUAACUUCAUUGAAGAAAUGGUGAAAUUUAUGGGUCGAUUCGACAA